AUGCAAUUUGUUGAGUUUUAUAGAACUUCAGAUAGCAAAUGUAUUGAUCUUAGAGGUUUUUGGGGUUCUUUUGCAGAUAAAUAUACUACUUAAGAUUUUAAUUUCUAUUGUAUAGAAGUUGAUAGAAAUAAAAAAAUAGUAGAAUAAUAUAAUAUAAAUAUUGAUGUUAAUUCUAUGGAUCUACCUACAGUUAUUUUAUUUGAAGACGGAGCAGAAUUCAUAAAUGAAUAUGUAUAAAAGAGAAUGUCUUAUAUAAUUAAUUUUUUGACAUGUCUCUUAUGA